AUGGCCUCCAACAAUAGUAUUCGUGAAGUUUGGAACUAUAAUAUUAGUGAAGAGAUUGAUAUGAUUUAUAAAAUCCUUCCUUUCACACCGUUUGUGUCAUUCGAUACGGAAUUUCCCGGCACUAUUUACAAGCCCGACGUUCCAAACUAUUGCCUUACGAGUCUACCUCCUGAAACUAACUAUUUUUAUAUGAAGGCCAAUGUAGACGCCCUCAAGUUAAUCCAAUUUGGUCUAACACUGUCAACUUUUCCCGACCCUCUUUCCGGAUCCGUACGUUCGUUUGUAUGGCAGUUUAAUAUCAAGGAUUUUGACGUUGAUUCAGAUGUUCACAACUCAGACUCUAUAGCACUUUUAAAGAAUCAGGGUAUUGACUUUACAAGGAACAAAGUAGAUGGUAUUGAUUCGGGAUUGUUAAUCUCUAUGUUGACGGAUUGUGGAGUGUUUGGCUCUAAGAUUCCUCAUGCUUGGAUCACUUUUCAUGGUGCCUAUGACUUUGGAUUCGUCGUCAAGAUUUUAACCGGAAGUCCCCUUCCAUCGGAUCCGAUCACGUUCAUGGUUCUAGUCAGGCAAAUAUUUGGGGAAUCAGUUUUCGACCUCAAACACGUUAUGAAGUCUUUCAAUGGACUUUACGGUGGGUUAGACAAAUUGGCAAAUACUCUUAAAGUGGAAAGAAGAUCGGGCACUCAGAGUCAUCAGGCUGGUUCAGAUAGUCUUCUUACGAUGGAAGAUUCUCGCACCUUCUGGAAUAAUCCUCAAAAUGAUGUUUCAAUCGCCACUUUUGACUUGUUGAACUAUGGCAAAUUGACAUUCUUUCCUGAUUUGAGUGAUGAAGAAAACAUUUAUAUGAAGGAUGGGUCUAUUUUCGAACCAGGGGUCAUGUCAGAAAUGAGUUCCAUUAUCGUUUCCAAUUUGAAUGUUGAUCAUCUUGCCCGCACUGUCUCUUAG